UGACCUUCUGACCAGACUGACGGGACGGGGAAGCUGAACCUGCAGGAGUUCAAACACCUGUGGAGGAAGAUCAAGGCUUGGCAGGUAGGACAGGAAUCAGUUCUUCAGCUCCUGUUUGAGGAGCCUGAAGGUUCCAUCCUCAUCCCUGGAUCCUCCUCCUGUCUUUGCAGCUGAUCUUUAAACGUUAUCAGAAGAACAAGUCCUGCUCCAUCAGCAGCUUUGAGAUGAGGAACGCUGUAAAUGAAGCAGGUGAGUUUAAAAGAAAAUAUGACGAUUGUUGUAAGAAUGAGAAAUUCGCUCAGUCAGACGCUCACCUCUCAAACUCUGGUCUGGUUUCUUCUCCACAUGAAGGGUUUCACCUCAACAACCAGUUAUACGACAUCAUCGCCAUGCGCUACGCAGACGAACACCUGAACAUCGACUUCGACAGCUACAUCUGCUGUUUUGUGAGGCUGGAGGGAAUGUUCAGUACGUACCAGGAGAGAAACCGGACUGACCGUGAAAAAACAAACUAAAUUUAGAUACAAGAACUGACCUGUCAUAAACACUGAUCAGCUGAUUCAACGAGGAACUAACAUAACUAACCCGUCAGCUGAUUACAUAAGUAUUUUGAAGUUUGAAGUUUGAAGUUUAUUUCGAUCUGGUCAUAUCCAUUCAAUAUAUACAGUAAAUUACAAGAAAAGAAAAAGAAAACCAGACCGAAAAGGCAUAGGCUGAAGCAAAAGCUUAUUAUCGCCUAUCCUUCUUACUAAAUCAAAAUAUUCAAAACAUCUUACUCCACACGUUAGAUAGAAAACAAAAACAAAACACAUCAACAAAACAAAGAAUAAAAGAUGACUCAGAAGAAAGAAAAAAAAUAAAUAAAAAUAAUAAUAAUCAAAUUAAAUCCAGAAUAUAAAUUAAUCCAUAACCUCAAUCAUUAUUUCUAUAAUUUUCGAUCACCUUGCUUUUAAACAACGAUUUUAACCUGUUAGUUAAUUAGAUGAGUGUUAAUAACUAAACUAACUAACCCGCCCCGGUCACAGACACUCAGAUCUGCGUCUCUUGCAGGAGCGUUCAGCGCCUUCGACAAAGACGGUGAUGGAGUCAUCAAACUGAACGUCCUGGAGGUUAGAGACACACGGCGCUCUUCUUGAGUCACUGACGGUUUGCUGACGUGGAUGUUUGUGUUCAGACUGAUCUGUGAAUUCUUUCCCACACUCAGUGAUUUGUCUCUUUGUUUCUCACUGGAAGGUUAAAGAUGAUCAAUAUAAUGAAGGAACUUCAGUCCUGUUAGAAGAACACUUUAACACGGACGUUAUCCUGCUGAAAUAAGGAUCAUGUGACUUUGCUCGCUCUCUCUCUCUCUCUCUCUCUCCCUCUCUCCAGUGGCUUCAGCUGACCAUGUACUCCUGA